AUGUAAAGAUUUACCGUCAGCUUAUCUGUGGCUGUCCUUUUGGGACUUGUCACAUCUUAAGUCACUCAAACCUAGUCAGCUCCUACUACCGGUGGCCAAACAGGAGCUUCAGGCUAAGGACAAGCUAACUAUGCUGCAGACUGGUAAAAAUACCAGUAAAUGCAAUCGAAAUUCCUAGAAAAGGUCUCAAGUUUCUAAAAUGGAUUCUAAACUAACCUUACAGACUAUGCUAACUAAAUGAACACGUUUACUUCAGCUGCCACUCAGCAAUAGUAAAAGUAUGCCUCACAAGCCUCAACCAACUAUCAAAACUCAAAGGAUCUUAUGACUCUUGGCUAAGAGGGCACUGAGGAUUAUUUCUCUGCUUAUAUUGGAGGUGGUGCUCCUCAGAGUGCUGCAGCUACUUAAUAGAGUAAUGGUGCUGUAUCGCUUUUUACCGCAAAUAGUAAUACUAAUGCCAACAAUAACAAUAACAAUCCAUAUGCUUCCUUUGAGUUGCAAGAGGAUGCACUAGAGAAUGAUUACUAAUUUAGAGAACAAGCCUGGAGACAAGCUGAGAGACUUGCAGAGCAAGCUCUUCUCAACAAAUAUAAUGCUGAUGUUGCUGCACUUUCAACCAAUGUGGCUCUUCUUCCCACAGAUGUCACUACACAAUCUACUGCCCUCAAGACAGCCUACGAUUAAGAGUUAUUAUUCCUUAGAGGUAACUUCACUCAAAGAAAAACUGAUGAGAAAUUCAAAUUCUAAAUUCAAAGAGAUGAAAUUAGACUUCUAGAAAAGGAGGUUCUUCUCAACAGAAGUCAAGAGGUCACUUAGGGAUUCUUGUCAACCUUACCAAACACUACUCAGCAAUUGAUUGUUCAAGAGCAAAAGAAAGAAAGAGAUCUGCUAGUCAAAUAAAGAAUUGAGUAGAGAGUUACUGCCUAUGCUACUGAGUUCUCAAGAACAACCGCUAACAAAACAGCUGAGUUUAGCUCAGUUUUGACUCAAGCUGCUACUGAACUUGGAUGCAAUGCGACCUGUGCUACUCAAUGUCAAUCAACAUCACUUGACCUUACAGCAGCUAGCACAUGCCUUGAUUAAUGCCUUUGCUAUUUCGAUUCAGUAUUGAGAUAUCCUCCUGCUGUAGUUGCACCAUUAGCCACUACCACUGCAACCACAACUGUUGCUGGAACCACAGGAACUACCACAACUACUGUAGGAGCCACCACUACUGGCACUACAGUUCCAACCACUACUGGAACUACUACCACAACUACUGGAGGUGUCUCAACCACUGCUACAACUUCAGGAGUAGUCAAUACUGCUAAUUAAGUAGCUACAACUACAAGCACAAUUCUCUCUGACCCAGCAGCAUCUUAAUUUAUUCCAUUACCAGUAAGAGACCUUAUAAAUUAAGUAAUUUAGGGUACUUAAGGAGCAGGUGCCGUUGCUACUGCAAUUACUGGUGCUACUAAUACUGCCACAACUUCCACUGGAACUGCCACAACUGCCACUGGAACUGCCACAACUACCACUGGAGCCACAACUACCACUGGAACUGCCACAACUACCACUGGAACUGCCACAACUACCACUGGAACUGCCACAACUACCACUGGAACUGCCACUACUGGAACUAGCGGACUUACUACCACAGCAACUACUGGCACAACCACAACUACAACUGGUACAACCACACCUACUACUGGAGCAACCACCACUGCAGCUGCAACUCAAAUCACUCAAGAUACUCCAGCAACUACCACUUAAACUACAACUACUACAGGUGCUACUACUAAUGCAACAUAAUAAAUAACUUCAACAACUACUUCUACCACUCCAGUUGUUGAAAGCACAGCUACCACCACAACUACCAGCUCAACCACAGGUUCUUCGGCAACUCCCACUACCUAAACUACUGGAUAAUCUGCAAUUAGUACAACCUCUACAAGUACAACAACAGCUGGUCAAGGAUCUACUUAAUAAACCACCCCUUCAACUACAACUGGUAAUACUCAAGUUUCAACAACUCCAGUUGUUGAUACCACUACUGUAUCCACAAUUCCUGUUGUUGAUACCACUGCAGCCUCAACAACUACUCCAGUUGUUAGCACUACUACAGUAUCUACAACUCCAACUAUUGGCACUACUGUGACCACAACAACUACUCCAGUUGUAGACAUUGCUACAGUAUCCACAACUCCUAUUGUUGACACCACUACAGCCACAACAACUACUCCAGUUGUUAACACUACUACAGCAUCCACAACUCCAACUAUUGAUACCACUGUGACCACAACAACUACUCCUGUUGUUGACACAAGUGUAUAAACUACACCAACUGUUGGCACUACAGUGACUACUACUGCUGCUACUGAUAAAGCAACAACUUAAGCAACUGUUGAUAAUACUGCAACUACUUAAACCUUACCAACCCUCAUUGUAGACACUACAAAAGUCACAGCUCCUACAGUAGAUACUACCACAAUUUAAACAGUUGUUGAUUAAGUUCAAUCGACAGUUUAAGGUGUUGUUGAAACUACUAACCCCACAGUAUCAGAACCAGUUUUCGAUAUACUCCCUGAUAUUCCACCUAGCAGUGUUAAACUUACAAAUACCUCUCAAACAUUCUUAGGAGCAUAAACUACUGGUGCUGCUACAACUCUCUUCAAUAAUGAUGUGCAAAUGCAACACAGCUAAGGAUCCGAGUUUGCUCUCAACCUUAUGAUCUUAGGUAUUGUACUUGCUAGCAUCAUUGGAGCCUAUCUUUAUCUUAGUCAAAAAGAUAAGAAAACCAAAAUCAUAGUUGAUGAGGAAUACAGCAGCCUCAACGACUAUAUCCUUUUAAAAGCUUGA